AUGGCCCAAGGACUAUGGGAUGGUAUUGAAGGUGUUGUUUCUCGUCCUUUAAAUGGGGCACGAACUACUGGCAUUACGGGUUUCUGUACAGGCAUAGCCACUGGAGCUGUUGGGCUUCUCACUAGACCAGUCGCAGGUGUUCUGGAUGGUUUUGGAAAUACGGCAGAGUUUUAUUCUAAACUUUUACAAGAACCCGAAAGAAUUUCUAAUGCACACGAGGAUUAUCUUAAAAGUGAACGAAACUUUACUUCACUGGCUUCUAUAAAGUCUCUAAGUGAGACCAUUAGGGGUGUUUCUCCUACGAUUUCAGAAAUUAAAAUAAACUCUACCGCAGUAACACCAUUAGGUAGUGCUACAGAGUUUUCUAACACUACGGAUACUCCUCAGAAAACUUUAGAUUUGGGAAAAACCAUAAAUAGUAGUAGUAGUGGUUGUGAAUUUAUGUCAUUAGCGAGUUAUAAAUUAUUAAAAGAAAAUACUAAACGUGAAGGUCUUUAUGGUAAAGAU